AUGCUGCCUAAUUGGUCAAACAUGACCCUCCACCUGGAGGACUCUCUGACCCAUGCCCUAGGCCGUUACCUUGACAACUGGAGCCGGAACUCCUCAAAGGCAGAACAGGCUCUGGACAACAAUCUGGCAGAGGAGAACUUCAGGAAUGUUGUUUGGUACCUGACAUUGAAUAUCGGAAUGUUUGCCUUCAUCGUCGUGGCGAUCCUGGCGAGCACAGUGAAGUUGAAGCGGCGCGAGCAUUCGGACGACCCCUGCCACAAAUACAUUGAAGAGGACUGGACUGCACAGCUUCAACAGCAGAGCGGCGGCAUAAACAACCCCACAGCCAACUAACCUAAUUUAUACGCACACACACCAUACACUAACACACACAUAUACCAUGUACAAACACAUAGGCACACAAACACACACGUACAGACACGCAAUGGUUCUAAAGUAAAAUAAUCUUAUGGUAUUAGUAACAAAAGUGUUGUAGUGAUUGUAUAACUAAUAUGUUGAUCAUGGAUAGUAAUAAAACAAAAUAAUGUA